AUGUCUGAUAUCAAGAAGAUUCACACCGCUAACGCGUGUCCUCCUGCGGGACCCUACACACAAGCCAUUGUCGCAGGCCCCAAUAUCUUCGUCUCGGGCCAGAUCCCCGCCGAUACCAAGGGCAACCUGAUCGAGGGCAGCAUCGCGGACAAGACCAAGAUGUGCUGCGAGAACAUCAAGGGUAUCCUCACCGAGGCGGGUGUUGCUAUGGACAGGAUCGUCAAGGUCAACGUCUUCCUCGACGACAUGGCCAACUUUGCCGAGAUGAACGGCAUGUACGAGCAGUACUUCUCCCACAAGCCUGCGCGCAGCUGCGUCGCGGUCAAGCAGCUGCCCAAGGGUGUGCCGGUGGAGAUUGAGUGCAUUGCGUAUACUGGUAUGAGCUCGAAGCUUUGA